AUGUUGGAAUACUACCAGCUAAUCGAUUUUCAGCUAAGUCAAGAGUUUCUAACUGUGUACAAUUUUGACAUAGUAAUACCCAAUGUUUCUUAUAAAGGACAUCAACAUCUCUUACUGUGCUUGGAGAAUACAGAAAUGGGGUACAGUGUAACAGCCGUGUCUCCACUACACAUGGGGUCCAUUGCCUUAAACCAUCAAGCACGAAUGCUCAUAGACUCCCUACUCCUCAGAGAUUCUCCUGUUGAAGAUGAUACAUAUGAUUGGUUUUGCUGUGAUGAAUGUGAGAAGAAAAGAGACCCAGAGUUAGCUAUCUACCACUGCAAGGAUUGCCACUACAUUGCUGAGAUUGAAUGUGUCAACCUAUGGAGAUGUGGAGUUGAGGACUCCAGCAGGACGAAUCAAUGGCAAGGUGAUCACCAAUUUAGAGCUGACAGAGAUAGAGCUAGAAAAGGAGCAAAACAGCAACAAAGUAGGAUCAAUGGAGAUCAACUGAGGGAGGAGAUACAUCCCCCGAUGACAAUAGCGAAGACAGUGAUGUCAAUUUCUGAUGGUAACGUUGGGGCAGGAGAGUCAUCAUCCAAGGACCAUAGUGAAGAUGGUGAAGUCAAAGCUUAUGCAAAUUUUAUGGAGAAGCUUGAUUCUAGUAGCCAUUGCCCUUACUUGACAGUUUGGGAAGGAAAUGAUGAGUGUGCUCCAGAAAUAAUCACCACUUUUGGAGACACUGGUUUUGCUGAUCCCUCACUUUCUGCUUCUCUGGUUGUCCUUCGUACUCUUUCCACUCUUAUGACUGUUUCACAACUAAAAGGUUCACCCUUUUAUGGAGUUACUGGUGAAGGAUGUGAAAGAAGAGGAAUGAAAAAAUGGAGUGAAGCUUUUACAUUAAAAGACAAAAUACAAGUUCCUCGUGAUUGUCAUUUUGUGGUGAGCAAUAAGAGGGGAAUGAGAUUGAACACUGUCACCAAGUGUGGUGGACCAAUCAGUGAUCAGCCAACUUCAGAGUAUGCCUUGAACCUUUCCAGUGUUGAGGAGAGAUUAGCUUCAAACAAUGGACGAUCUGUAAGCAAGGGAAUCUUUGACUCAACAGGGCCACCAAUGAGCAGUCAAUCACACACAGCAAGUGUCCAAAAUGAACUUCUAAUGCUUUCUUUACCAGCAAUUGCUGGACAAGCAAUUGAACCUUUAGCACAACUGAUGGAAACAGCUUAUGUCGGUAGAUUAGGGCCGUCGGAGUUAGCAUCAGCAGGAGUUUCCAUGUCAAUUUUCAAUAUCCUAUCGAAGGUUUUUAAUAUACCUCGCCUCAGUGUAGCAACUUCAUUUGUGGCUGAAGACAUCGCAAGGAAUGCUGGCAAGUCUACUUCUGGUGAAUAUAGCAGUGUUACUCGAGCUUCUAGCAGACAUGCAAGUUAUGACCGCCCUGAUGAUGAAAUAGCUGAAAGAAAGUCACUACCUUCCGUCUCUACUGCCUUAGUCUUAGCAGCUGCAAUCGGUGUAUUUGAGGCCUUGGCAAUGUAUCUAGGAUCUGGAAUAUUUCUCAACAUGAUGGGCAUACCACGGGCUUCACCGAUGCGCAUUCCAGCAGAAAGAUUUCUUAAACUCAGAGCAAUCGGUGCUUCAGCGGUUGUAGUUUAUUUGGCCAUUCAAGGCAUUUUCCGCGGGUUUAAGGACACAAAGACUCCUAUCUUAUGGUUUGGCAAUUUUUCAGCUGUAUUCUUGUUCCCCUUGCUGAUGUAUUAUUUUGGCAUGGGUGUAACUGGUGCUGCCAUUUCUACCAUUAUAUCUCAGACAGCUCUGUCCCUUUGGAGUGUCAAAAGUUUGAAUUUUGGCUGCUACCUGAGCUCUGAGGCUCUUUCUUGCGAAGAGUAUGAACAGAUGUUGAGGUUUUGCUUGUGGGAAGUACUUGUAGGUGGUUUUCUUCUUGGGAGAACUUUUGCUGCUGCCAUGACCAUAACAUUGAGCACAUCAAUGGCUGCUCGUCAAGGAGCCCUAGCCAUGGCAGCUCAUCAAAUAUGUUUACAAGUGUGGUUAUCAGUUUCACGCCUUGCAGAUGCUCAAGCUGCAUCUGGUCAGCCCCUUAUUGCAAGUUCUUCUGCAAAAGGUGACUACAGCACUGUGAAAGAAAUUACUUUCUCUGCUUUAAAGGUGACUGUUCCUGUAUUUGGCUGUGGAUUAAUCACCGGCAUUUCCUUAGCUGUCAUAUUGGGUGUAUCAUUUAGUUCUAUGGCGACUAUGUUCACUAACGAUGUGGAGGUACUAGCUAUAGUCAGAUCUGGGUUACUGUUUGUGAGUGCUAGUCAACCUAUCAAUGCGCUUGCUUAUAUAUUUGAUGGUCUCCACUGCGGCAUAUCUGAUUUUUCGUAUGCUGCUUGGUCUAUGAUGGUGGUUGGGGCAAUAUCUUCUGCAUUUAUUCUUUAUGCACCCUCAAUUGUUGGUCUCUCCGGAGUUUGGUCUGGAUUAACUCUUUUCAUGGGCUUGCGGACAGUCGCUGGAUGCAUGAGAUUGCAGCUUGAGGCAUGA